GACCUAGCAUUGUGAAUGAAUGUGAGGUCUGUCUGGCAGCAGGUGCUAAGGUUGUUCCCGGGUAUUCGUUAUUGUGAGGCUGUGCAAGUGUUUUUCCCUACUUUAAUACCAUUGCAGUUCGGGACUCUGACUCCCACGUAAAAUGUCAGCCAGUGGCACGGAAGCCAAUGCCCUGCAGCAGGCAGCACCACAGCCAAACGGGCGCGUUUUCUUCCAGGCGGGUCCCCCAGCCUCUGGGGUGCAUGCGGUGCCUCGCGAAGAGUCGGCGCAGCGUCGCCAGGGAAAAGUGACUGUAAAGUACGACAGGAAGGAGCUGAGGAAACGGCUUGCCCUUGAGGAGUGGAUUGUGGAACAGCUGAGCGACUUGUAUGACUGUGAGGAAGAAGAGAUGCCAGAAGUAGAAAUCGACAUUGAUGACCUUCUGGAGGUAACUUCUGAAGAGGAAAGAGCACAGAAACUACAGGAAUCCUUAGUCGACUGCUACAAACCUACAGAGGAGUUUGUAAAAGAACUUUUAAAUCGAAUAAAGGGGAUGAGAAAACUUAGCCCCCCUCAAAAGAAGAGUCUAUAGAUACAAGAAGUAGAUUACUGGCCAUGAGGGAACAACCUACAGACUGAAUUCCGAAUGCAUCCAGUUAAGGGUCCUCUCGUGUUUUAUUAAUGUCUUUCUGGGGAACUUGGUUGUAAGGAGAUUUCCAAAGGAGAUGUUCUACUGUUCUAUUCACAUUAAAAUAAUAAAAAUAAAAAUGUUCAAUUCCAUGUUUCUUGAAUUGCACCAAAAUCUAAGACACUGAUAAAACUGUCCUCAUUCUAUGUGAACUGAUGAAAUCCUGGACAAAGGAUGCAAAGGGAAUCACGAUUUUGCUUGAAGUGUGAUUGUAGAUUUUCUUGCUUUAUGCAUCAUUGGAGGUUUGUGUUACAACAUGGAGAAACCAUAUGGAAAAAGUAAUGACUUUAGUAACUGCACAGUGGCUCCUGUACUGAGGUUAUGUUUUCAUCUUUUAAUUUUAGAAUAUAGACAUGUUUUGCAUGUGUUUACUUGGUGUGAUUGUAAGCAGUGUUUGCUAAUUAUGUGAAAUCUGAAAUGAUAAAAAGCAACUGUAUUAUGCCAUGUUUUAAGAAGAGAUGCAUUUUGUAGUAAUUAGGAGAUGUCUGAUUAGAUGUGUUUAGUUUUGUAAGGGAAUAUGUUUGAGAAACAGCUGGGCAUCGAGCUAAAGACCUGUUUUGUUGUAUAUCUGGAAAAAGCUAAGCAAAAUGUUGCUUAGAGAAGGCAGUUUAUUUUCACAACAAGAGACUUUAAUGUGCUUAAAGUAUUCCAAAAGCAGUCUUUUUCAAAAAGAAAAAAAGUUACAAAAUAUGGCAGUUUUUUUUUUGUCAGUCCUUUAAUGUAGAUAAAUAUAUAUGGCUUAUAUGAUCAUCUUCAAGAAAUUGUUCAGAUGGUCUGUGCUGUCAUGGGAAAUGCUUUAGUCUUGUAAUUUGUUACUAGGUAGUGCAAUAUACAUAUGUGCACACACAUCUACCUUCCUUAGCAGCAGGGUAUUGUAUCUAUGAAGUUUAUUCACGAAAAGAUGAAAAUGUAUGCAAGUUACUGAAGCUUGAAAGAGGUAUAUGGAGGUACAGAGUAUUGAGACCAAGGCACUGAAGAUUAUGUAUGCAUUUAGCAGUGCGUUGUACAUAUCUGGUGUGACUGAAUUUUUACGUGAGCAACAUAGCCUUGGCAUAGAGGUCUACGGACUGUAAUGUUUGCUGCCUCUUGCUUUGUUUGCUUUCCUCUUGUCCAUUUUUCCAUGUAUGUUAUGUUUUUUGUCCGAAGCACGGAUCUUUUAGACAAAGUUGUGCCAAGACUUCCUCUGAGUGAGCUGGUGUGAGCUAAAUUUUGUUGCAGAGGACUCAAAUGAUAAAUGUGAAAGCCUGAAGAAAUUUGUUUAAAUUUGCUGAAAACUGUACAUUAGGACAGUUCUACAUCAGUUCACUUUUUCAACCCUACUCUAGAUUUAGGAGUCACAGGGAUGUUUGUGUAAGUAUAUAGAUGCCAUAUCGGUCCACUGUGAUAAAUGUUCAUGCUCACUGUUUCGUCAGACAUCAGUUAACACAGAAUAGAAAAGUUUCAGUUUAUGUAGUUGUACUGCCAUUUAUAUUGGAAGUGAUAUCCACCAAGAGGUCCUCACGGUUCUGCUUUUGUAUUUUAAAUGUGCUGGAUGACACUAGGUUUUUAAUAAAGGAAAUGUAUUUGUGUGAGUUUUCCAUAUACUGGAAUUUUUAUGUAUUUAAGUUUUUUUAACGUCUCUGUAGUACAUUUGUAAAAUGUACCUAAAAUAAAUUACAAGAACUAUUAAAACUA